AUGGAGUAUACUCAAUCUUUAGACCUGCUGCUGCUGAUGAACGGUGUCGGCACCGUGGGCCGGCUGGUCCCGAACUACCUGGGCGAUCUUCUCGGCCCCAUCAAUGUCUUUGUGCCGGUCGCUCUUAUGGCCGGAGUUUGCCAGCUCUGUUGGAUGGGCGUCACCAAUCCAGCCGGGUUGUACGCUUGGGCAUGCUUCUAUGGAAUUGCCGCCGGUGGCAUCCAGAGCAUCUUCCCGGCAAGUCUUUCGAGUCUGACCACGGACUUGCGCAAGACAGGUGUGCGGAUGGGCAUGGUGUUCACGACGAACAGCUUCGCGACCUUGAUCGGCCCACCGAUCGCGGGCGCAAUCAUCAGCGCGUCUGGAGGAAGCUAUUACGGUGCACAGGCUUUUGCAGGCGCGGUCCUGCUGGUUGGCACGGGAUUCCUAGCUGCUGCGCGAAUUGCCAGGAUGAGAAGGCUAGGUGGUGGAUGCGAGGACACGCGCAUCGACUGA